AUGAACACGUACGCCCCCGUCACCGGAGCCAUCCGGCGCCUGGCUGCCAAUGCUUCACGUCAAGCCCGGUCCGUCCAGAUGACCACACGAUCCUACCAGACGCAGUCGCCUCUCGUCGUUUCCCGGCGUCUCCCAGUCAAGCUGGCCAACAGGAGGAUACAAUGGCCGCAGGCGCGCGCCUUCUCUGCGACGGCUGCGACGUCCCACGGUCAUCUCGACCCCCCCAAGCCUGGCGAGGAGCUCUGGGUCACAUUCGUCGACAAGGAUGGCGAUGAGCACAAAAUUGCCGUGUGUGAGGGGGACAACCUGUUGGAUAUCGCGCAGGACAACGAUCUCGAGAUGGAGGGCGCUUGCGGCGGAUCAUGUGCAUGCUCAACAUGCCACGUCAUUGUCGUUGACGAAGCCCAUUACGACGCGAUGGAGGAGCCUGACGAUGACGAGAACGACAUGCUGGACCUCGCUUUUGGUCUGACUGAGACGAGUAGGCUGGGGUGCCAGGUCAAGAUGACCAAGGCGCUAGAUGGACUGACGGUCAAGCUGCCGACGAUGACGCGGAACCUACAAGCCAGCGACUUUAGCUAA